AGCCUCUCACUUUGGCGUCACAGGACAGAUGAUCAGGGUACGUCUGCCUUUUCCUUCCCCCAUCUAUUCUCCUCCCCUUUCCCCUCCCCUUGUCCCUCCAUCUUCUCCCUCCUUCCUCUCUCCCUCCCACUGGCGUCUCCAGCCGACUUUCGCUUCCUGUCAGCGGCCUUCGGCGGAAGAGUGUCCCACCUCUUCCGCUCUACGGCGGCGGCGGCUGAGGUGGUGGCGCUGGUGGCGGCGACGGCGGCGGCGCUCGACCGGCUCCUGUCAGGGUCAGCGGGCGGACCCCUUGGGUGGUCCACCUGCGCGUCGCGGAGCGGCGCCCCGGGGAUCGAUGGCGAUGAACUAUAACGCCAAGGAUGAAGUGGACGGUGGGCCGCCUUGUGCUCCGGGGAGCACCGCGAAGACCCGGAGACCGGAUAACACGGCCUUCAAACAGCAACGGCUGCCUGCUUGGCAGCCCAUCCUUACGGCUGGCACGGUGCUACCUAUUUUCUUCAUCAUCGGCCUCAUCUUCAUCCCCAUUGGCAUUGGCAUCUUCGUCACCUCCAACAACAUCCGCGAGAUCGAGAUUGAUUAUACCGGAACAGAGCCUUCCAGUCCCUGCAAUAAAUGUUUAUCUCCGGAUGUGACACCUUGCAUUUGUACCAUCAACUUCACACUGGAAAAGUCAUUUGAGGGCAAUGUGUUUAUGUAUUAUGGACUGUCUAAUUUCUAUCAAAACCAUCGUCGUUAUGUGAAAUCACGAGAUGAUAGUCAACUGAAUGGAGAUUCUAGUGCUUUGCUUAAUCCCAGUAAGGAAUGUGAGCCUUAUCGAAGAAAUGAAGACAAACCAAUUGCUCCUUGUGGAGCUAUUGCCAACAGCAUGUUUAAUGAUACAUUAGAAUUGUUUCUCAUUGGCAAUGAUUCUUACCCUAUGCCUAUCGCUUUGAAAAAGAAAGGUAUUGCUUGGUGGACAGAUAAAAAUGUGAAAUUCAGAAAUCCCCCUGGAGGAGACAAACUAGAAGAACGAUUUAAAGGUACAACAAAGCCUGUGAACUGGCUUAAGCCAGUUUACAUGCUGGAUUCGGACGCAGAUAAUAAUGGAUUCAUAAAUGAGGAUUUUAUUGUUUGGAUGCGUACUGCAGCAUUACCUACUUUUCGCAAGUUAUAUCGUCUUAUAGAACGGAAAAGUGAUUUACACCCAACAUUACCAGCUGGCAGAUACUAUUUGAAUAUCACAUACAAUUACCCUGUACAUUAUUUUGAUGGACGAAAACGGAUGAUCUUGAGCACUAUUUCAUGGAUGGGAGGAAAAAAUCCGUUUUUGGGGAUUGCUUACAUCGCUGUUGGAUCCAUCUCCUUCCUUCUGGGAGUUGUACUGCUAGUAAUUAAUCAUAAAUAUAGAAACAGUAGUAAUACAGCUGACAUUACCAUUUAAUUUUAUAUCAUGAAAGCAAAUUAUCUGCAUGUGCAUCAAGGCCAAUUCUAUUCAACCUAUCUUUUGAAUGCUGAUGUCUGGUUAGUAUGUCAUUUUGAAGUUGGCACAUAACUUAAAAAAAAAAAAAAAAACAGUCUUUGUCCUUUGCUUCUUCCCUAUGGAUGACUUCUGAAAAUAUAUGACGGGUAUAAAAAAAAUUAGCUAUAUUGAUCAUAUCAACACUGUAACUGCUGAAAUGGCAUUCUAAUGUUAGCUUUUUAUUGGGACAAGCCACAUGAUGCAUAGAGCCUCUUUCAUGUGACUUGUGUCUACUGCUUAAAUGUUUAUGCUGUGUUGAUGAUAUUAUAUUGACAUAUGAUGAUGUAUAUGUGUAUGUAUUUUGUGGAGAAAGGGAUUACAUGAGUAUAAUGACUUGCUAAUCUUUCAGGAUUCAGAGAAAGAUGAAGAAAGACUGUAUCUAAAUAAAACACUUCAUCAUUUUCAUGUGUGUAAAUGCUUAAAGUACCAACUUUGUUGAGAUGGUUCAUGUAUCCAAUUUAUUCAGUACAGUUCUUUGUCAAGUUUAGCUUUGAUUUCAAAGGACAUGCUUACCUUGUCUAGCAUAGGAAUUAAUGCUCAUGUCUAUAGUGGUUGGGUAGGUCCUGCAUAGGAGAAUUUAAAAAUUCCUCUUUUGUUUGGUUAAAUGUUGCAGUUAGGAACCCCAACUGACUUGGAAUGUUUUUAUAUGUAAUUAUUUCCCUUGAAGCUUAUACUUUAUAAGGGAAGAAAGAGUACAGGUGAGUUGGGAAAACUGCUUGGCAGACCUUCAUCUUCUGCUUAAACUGUAAACCACAUGUAAAUGCUUAAUGGAGACUGUUUGCAUUCUUGUGGUAUUUAACAUUCAGAAAAUUACUUCGGCUUUGGAAAUACCUCAGGCUGUUUUUUUAUUUUGCAGGUAAGUGUUUUGACUUAAGUACUAAUAUUCCAGAAAUUUUUGAAAACAGAAACCUUAAUUUCCUAUGUAUUUCAUUCCACUUUUGCAUAUAGGUCAAAUAGCAAUGUGUACACACAUUCUUUUUAGUUAAGGCACCAAUUGUUUUGGUUGGUUUUCCUAAGAUAUACUUUAAAAAGAUGUUCUAUAAAUUUCCUAAUUAAAUUAUGGGGAUUUUGGAGUAUGUACAUGAUAAAUUAUAAUAUAUAUAUAUGGUUGAAGUUAUUUUACUUUUUACUGACUGGAAUUAUUUUAAUAUUCCUUAUCGAAUAAAUGCUGUAACUUUUUUUGUUAUGGAACUUAAAGUUCCAGUUAAAAACAAGUUUUCCACAUGCAUGAAAAUGUAUGUAUUAAUCAGAGGUGGCUUAAUUACAUUGAAAUUGCUUUUUUUUUUUUUUUUUUACUGAAAUAACUCAUGUUUGUGUAGAAGAAUGCCUGUUUAUUCAGAGUUUAUAUUUUCCUUCAGUUAUAUUUUAAA